AUGCACGCCUCUUCCAUCUCGCUUCUCGGCCUUGCCGGGCUCGUCUCACGGGUCUCGGCCCAUGGCCUCGUCACAGCGCCAGCAACCCGGACGCCGGGUGAUGCAACCGAGGCGGUAUGUGGCAGCAUCAUGGCCGAGUUCUACCGGGCGGACAACACCUCCUACCCCGAGGCUCUGCUCCGGGCCAACCCCGACGGCCUGCCCGCUCCGUACGAUCCCAGCAAUUGCAACCUCUGGUUCUGCAAGGGUUACCAAUUUGAAGACAACGUCGACAACGUCCAGGCGUACACCACCGGCCAGGUUGUGGACCUCAACGUUUGGAUCCGAAUUCCGCACGAAGGAUAUGCCAACGUCUCGGUCGUCGACACUGCGACUAACACCGUGAUUGGGGAGCCCCUGAUUGCCUGGCCCGAUCACUACGCCGGUUCGGCGACACCACCGGAGGAUCAGACAAACUUCAGCAUUGAGAUUCCGGAUCUUGGUGAGCAGUGUGCGGAGGCUGGUGCCUGCGUCAUUCAAUGGUACUGGCUUGGACAGGGACAAACCUACGAGUCCUGCAUUGACUUUACUGCGGCCCCGGCAGCGUCGGAGUAA